AUGCUGACGCUGAUUUUUCAGGGCAUGAUAGCAGAAGACAAGACAACAGACAACCUCAAGAAUCCCCAACCUGUCGCUGCUCACCCAGAUGACCUCAAAGGUAUUUUGUAUUACUUUGUAGCCAACGUGAACAAAGCAAUGGGAUUCAACAGCCCAAAGUUCACAAUAGAAACUCUUGUGGAGAUAACACUGCUGGAUUGUGCCUUCAUUCGCAAGGAUCCAUACGGUGUGGUGCUGAUCAUUGGAGCCUUUAACUAUCCUAUCAACGUUACUUUGUUGCCCCUUGUGGGAGCCAUUGCAGCUGGGAAUUGUGUGGUUCUCAAGCCUACAGACUUGACCUGCUGCACUGAAAAGCUCCUUGCAGAAGCAUUGCCUUGUUAUCUGGAUCCGGAAACCUUUGCUGUGGUGACAGCUGGUCCUGAAGAAACAGGAAAAUUGCUGGAAAAUAAGUUUGAUUAUAUCUUCUACACAGGGAAUAACCGUGUAGGAAAGAUCAUCAUGACUGCUGCAGCAAAACAUCUGACACCAUUGACUCUGGAGCUGGGGGGUAAAUGUCCCUGUUACGUGGAUAAGUCCUGCAAUUUCCAGAAUGCAGCCAACCGAAUUGUAUGGGGAAAAUUCCUCAAUGCUGGACAGAUGUGUGUUUCACCAGAUUAUGUGAUCUGUACAACUGAAACACAAGAGCAGUUGCUGCCUUGCCUGCGCCAAGCUAUCUGUGAAUUUUUUGGCAAAGAUCCCAAGAAGUCACCUGAUCUUGCCCGCAUGGUCAAUGACAGGCAUUUUCAGCGCGUCCGAGCUUUGCUGGAAUGUGGCCGGGUGGUCAUUGGUGGAGAGACCGAUGAGUGUGAGCGUUAUAUUGCUCCCACAGUGUUGGUGGAUGUGAAAGAAUGGGACCCAGUCAUGCAAGAGGAGAUUUUUGGGCCCAUCCUGCCAAUAUUCAUUGUGAGAGAUAUUAAGGAAGCCAUAGACUACAUCAAUUGUGGAGAACGUCCACUAGCUGUGUAUGCCUUCUCCUCUGACUCCAAGGUUGUGAACCAGGUACUGGAUUGUACUAGCAGUGGUACCUUUUGCAAUAAUGAUAUCCUGAUACAAGCAAUAUCAGUUUCCCUACCAUUUGGUGGCAUUGGACUCAGUGGAUUUGGCAAAUACCAUGGCAAGUUUUCUUUCGAUACUUUUACUAACCAGCGUGCCUGUCUUUUGCGUUGCAUGGGCCUGGAGAUGAUGAACAAAAUGCGCUACCCACCAUACAACAAUACAAAAUUGAGAGCAAUGGUCGAUGCUUUGGAGAUCAGGCGCACUGUCCUGUGAACUUAGCUGUGAAGCCUUGAAUCACAUCACCUGCAUUCUUAAGGAUCUUCAAUCAAGAAUUUUGGUGUAGUGUGGGGA